CUGCUCUCGGAGCCACGCGUCCUCCGCCGUCCGGGCGCGCGGCGCUUCUCCCCGCGCACCGAGGGCUCCCGGGCUCACACAAAGCCGCCGCCCGCGCUACAGAGGGAUCCCGCGGCCGGGCCGGGGACACCCCGGCACCGCCCCCUCUGCGCUCUCAGAAGGCCCCCGGCUCCGGGACCCGCCAAGGAGCAGCCGGAGCCGCCUCGGCCGCGCCGGAGGAGGGCGGGGAGAGGACCAUGUGAAUGGGCUCCGGAGCCUGAGCGCCGCGCAGUUCUUUGAAGAAGCAGGAUGCUGAUCUAGACGUGGAAAAAGACCAGUCCUACAGCUGUUUUAGAAGACAUGUGGUGUAUAUAAAGUUUGUGAUAGUUGGGGGAAAUUUUGGAAUUUAGAUAAUGGGCUGUGUGCAAUGUAAGGAUAAAGAAGCAACAAAACUGACGGAGGAGAGGGAUUGCAGCUUGAACCAGAGCUCUGGGUACCGCUAUGGCACAGACCCCACCCCUCAGCACUACCCCAGCUUCGGCGUGACCUCCAUCCCAAACUACAACAACUUCCACGCAGCAGGGGGCCAAGGACUCACUGUCUUUGGGGGUGUGAACUCUUCGUCUCAUACUGGGACCUUGCGCACAAGAGGAGGAACAGGAGUGACCCUGUUUGUGGCCCUUUAUGACUAUGAAGCACGGACAGAAGAUGACCUGAGUUUUCACAAAGGAGAAAAAUUUCAAAUAUUGAACAGCUCGGAAGGAGAUUGGUGGGAAGCUCGCUCCUUGACAACUGGAGAAACGGGCUACAUUCCCAGCAAUUAUGUGGCUCCAGUUGACUCCAUCCAGGCAGAAGAGUGGUACUUUGGAAAACUUGGCCGAAAAGAUGCUGAGCGACAGCUUUUGUCCUUUGGAAACCCAAGAGGUACCUUUCUUAUCCGCGAGAGUGAAACCACCAAAGGUGCCUAUUCACUUUCUAUCCGUGACUGGGAUGAUAUGAAAGGAGACCAUGUCAAACAUUAUAAAAUUCGCAAACUUGACAAUGGCGGAUACUAUAUUACCACCCGGGCCCAGUUUGAAACACUUCAGCAGCUUGUACAGCAUUACUCAGAGAGAGCCGCAGGUCUCUGCUGCCGCCUAGUAGUUCCCUGUCACAAAGGGAUGCCAAGGCUUACCGAUCUGUCUGUCAAAACCAAAGAUGUCUGGGAAAUCCCUCGAGAAUCCCUGCAAUUGAUCAAGAGACUAGGAAAUGGGCAGUUUGGGGAAGUAUGGAUGGGUACCUGGAAUGGAAACACAAAAGUAGCCAUAAAGACUCUUAAACCAGGCACAAUGUCCCCUGAAUCAUUCCUCGAGGAAGCGCAGAUCAUGAAGAAGUUGAAACAUGACAAGUUGGUCCAGCUCUACGCAGUGGUGUCUGAGGAACCCAUCUACAUUGUCACCGAGUACAUGAAUAAAGGAAGUUUACUCGAUUUCUUAAAAGAUGGAGAAGGAAGAGCUCUGAAAUUACCAAAUCUUGUGGACAUGGCAGCACAGGUUGCUGCAGGAAUGGCCUACAUCGAACGCAUGAAUUAUAUACAUAGAGACCUACGAUCGGCAAACAUUCUAGUCGGGAAUGGACUAAUAUGCAAGAUUGCUGACUUUGGAUUGGCCCGGUUGAUCGAAGACAAUGAGUACACAGCAAGACAAGGGUGACUUUAAAGUUGAAAUACUGCACAUGAUUUGAUAUUGGAUGUGAUAAUUUCCAGAGUUUGUGGCUUCAUAAUUAAAGAGGGCUCUAGAUGGAUCUUUGGUUCAGAAGAACAAUAUCUGUUGUUAAAGCUGAUGCCUUUGCACCUUGAAAAUGCUAUUGGGCAGGACUUCUGUUUUUUGCUUCUUUUAGUCUGCAGUGGAUUCACCUCUCUACCUUGGCCCAGUUUUUUAGCCAGAAAGGACAUUUUCUGAAACAGAGCUAUGGAAUUGACUUGGUCACUGGAAACAAAAGGCUUGACAGCCCAGUGCUCUACCAAGAGCAGAUGAUGCAAGCCAGGCCCCACCCAAGCCUAUCCUGGCCCCUGCCUUGAGUCCCACCCCAGGAAGAACCGUGGGUCACACUGCAUCAUUUCAGCGUGAUCCCUUCUUCCCUAGCAUCCCCAUUCCCUAUUCAUGUCCUGUUUUUCGUUUCUCCUCUGAGCCCUCUUCUCCUAAAGCCAUUGCUACGGUUUAGCUCUUUGUCAUGUUUGCAUGUAAGCUCUGUCUUCUCAGCUGCCUGGAAACUCUCUGGGGUAGGGGUGAUGACCUGUGCUUAAUUUUCCCAGUAGUGCCCAGCACUGUGCUGGGAACUUAAUGGACACUCAGUAAAUUCUCAGUGAUUGAUUGAAGUUUGGAGAAGUUUGGCUAACCUGAUGGCAUUUGCCAAUGCAGCUCAUUCCUUUAUUAAAAUGAAUUUAGACUUCAGGUUGAGUACACUAUCUAAGUGCAUUACUAAUCCAAAUAAAGUAAUAGCUGGCAUUUAUUUAGCUAUUACCAGGUGUCAGAUACUGUGCAGAACACUUUGUUAUAAUUCUCACUACAACGUUAAGAGGUUAUCAUCAACCCUGAUUUGGAGAUAUGGAAACUGAAACUUAGGGAGGUUUUUUAGGGAGGUCACCCAGCAAAUCCAGGGUUCAGACCCAGGUGUUCCUGACACUGAAGCACAUUUUUAAAUGACUGUACUAUUCUGCCUUCCCCCAAUGUCUGCUUGAUCCCAGGUCAGCCCCCAGUUGGGCCUCUUUGCAUUGUCACUGAAGAGUGUUAGCUCCUUAUUUUCUAGCCUGUGUACAUACACUUACUGCAGGAGGUGGCUUUUGGAGCAAUUGUAUCUACAGCCUUCACUUAAGUGUUUGAAAUGCCACUGCCUCCUCUUAAUGCAUGAAGAUGCACAAGUACAAGAGGUAACCGAAUCAAGUAAGAACUGUUUCCAUUUGAAGCAGAUUGCCUGGUCACUAGGGGUGGAGGGCUUCAUUAACUGGAAUGUGACCUGGGGGUUGGGUGGGCCAGCCUGUCUUCACAGGUUUACCCAAUCAUCCUGUUUUCACUUAAAAACCAAAAAUGUCCUAGCAUAUGGUAAGGAUGAUAUUAUUCCUAUAACUCUGAGGGGAGGGGGAUCGUUAGUCUGUUACAUUGCUGUAUUAUCACUCUUUCCUUUGUAUUUGGUUUGAUUAAACCUGCAUAAAGGAAGAGAGGAUCUGUCAAGAAUAAAUUUCUUUGGCCACCAGGGUGGUAGAUAGAUUGCUGCCUGGAUUGACCUUAUGGUCAGUCAACAAGCAUUUAUUGAGCAGCUGCUGUUUAAUUAACACAUUAGGUAAGGUAUAAGUGUAGUAUAAAGCAUGGUCUCUAACUUCAAAGGAUUUUCAUUUCUGUCUGUGGAGAUAAAAAAUAGCACGUAUUUUCUGUAAACCUAGAACUAUAAAAAAUACAGUAUAUUUAAAUAUAUAAAAACACAUGUUGAACUAUGAGAGACAUGGAGGGACAUCGACAUGGCAGCAUAGUAUAGUAUUUAAGUACUUGGGCUUUGGAGUAGACUCCCUAGAUUCAAAUCCUAAUUCUACCAUUUACACAUGUCCUUUGACACAUCAUUUAACCUCAUCUGUAAAACAAGACUAUUACUGGUACCCACCUUAUAUGUGUAAAGCACUUAGCAUGAUGCCUGACACUUAGCAAGAACGCAAUAUAUGUUUAGCUGUUGUAGCUACUGUUAUCAGGCAUUAAACUGUUGCUAAUAGCAUUGGUUGUAGGUGCCAUUGGAGAUAUCAAUGAGAGCUAGAGGGAUUAAAGAUGACUUCAUUAAAGAGCAGGGACUUAAGCUAAGUAGGCUUUAGCUAAGCAGAUGGAAAGAGAAAAGACAUUUCAAAUAAGCAUGAUCAUGCCAGGUGCAGGGUACAGGAAAGCAAACUAGACUGGAUUAACUCUGUAUUUGGGGUGGCAAGAGCUAAAGUUGAAAACCAGGGAGGAGAUUUGGGCCUAAUGCAAUAGGGUAUCCAUUGUAUGAUCAAGGAGGGAGGGAUAUUAUAAAGGUAAAGUUUAAAGCGAUUACAUGGAAGAGUAGUGAGCUGAAGGCAGGGCACCCUGGUAGGAGGAUUGAACAGAGGUAAUGAGGACCCAGGCUGUGGCGGUGGGCAUAAACAAGAAAGGACAAACUUGAGAUACAUGUCAAAGAGGGGAAUAAGAGGCAGUGGUGAUGGAUUAGAUCUGGGAUUUAAAGAGAGGAGACCCACAUGGCUUUCAGGUUUUUCACCUUGAAAUCUAGUGGAAUGGUAAUCUGACUCUCAAAAAUGGGAUCGUAAAAAAAGAACUCCGUUCGUACCUAGAAUAUUAAAGUGAGAAUGAAUUUUGUAAGUCAGUAAUUCAGUGAAAUUUUCUACCUAGUCCAAGAAACUCCUUUAUAAAGUCUCUUACUCAAAGCAAACUUAAGUUGGAAGUUGCUACAUUUGAGUUAAAGGUAGCAUACCCUGGAGACUUUGCCCCAUGGACUUUAGAUGAGAAAUAGAGUCUGAAUGUGUAUCCAGCCUCAGUCAUGUAGAGUUGGCAGGCAGGGUUAGUCAUGAGAGAGGUUGUGUUCCCCAAGGGAAUAAAACAGAGAGACAAGAAUCUGGAACACUGAGGCUUCAAAGACGCUAGUAGUUAAUGAGGGAGAGAAUAAAGAAGAGGCUACAGUGGAGACAGAAGAAGUGCUUAGAAAGAAAGGAAGAAUAUUGGGGAAGAUUAAACUCAGAAAAGAUCAUUUAUUUCUCAUAGAAAUGUUUGAGCUUUACAAAGUAUUGGAUUAUGCUAAAUUUUACUCCUUUGUUCCUGAGAUUAUUGAUGUUAUUCAAAUGUGGAAAAUGUGCUAAAAUAGCCCCAAUGUGACUAGAGCCACUAGUUAAAUAAACAAGAUCACAGAAGUGACAAUAGAAACAUAAUCUACCCACUUGGUAAUUGCUAAUACACAUCCAUGGACCUGGAGAUGUCAUGAUGCUAUUAAAGAGUUUUGAGAAGUUAGCAUGCUUUUCACAUGGCCUCAUCAUCUCCUCACAGAUUGUUCUCAGGGUAAUGAUGUGUAUUAUCUUCUGUGCUUUAACAACAAGGAGAAAGAAUGAGGUGGGAUGUCAUUGCUCUUCUGAUCACAGGCUCCAGAGGCUUCCCAUCAUUCUUAGGGUAGAAACCAAAGUCCUUAAAAAUCCCACAAAAUCUGUCCUUGUACUCCAUUUUAUUUUUCUUCAUAGCACUUACUACUGUCUAACAUAUAUAUUAUAGUCAUUCAUUUAUUUUAUCUUUCUCCCAAACUAAAAUGCAAGUUCCAUGAGAGCAGGAGAAGAAUCUGGAACACUGAGGUAUCCCUGUGUAUCCCCAGCACCGAGUAUAGUGUCUGACACACAUCAAAUACACAAUUAACAUUUAUAAGAAGAGAGGGGACAAAACCAGCCCAGCAGUGGUGGGGUUUUUCAUUGUUGUUUUUGUGGACAAACUGAUAACCAAAUAAAUCUGCAACCUCUUCUUUCUCUUACUUAAAGCAUGGGUGAUUAUUAAUCUUAUUUUAAAUGAGAAAGAUCAGGGCCUCAUGAGGUUGAAGUGAUUGGUGUCCAGUCACUUGAUUUCAUCCUUGUGUACUGAGAAAAAAGGUUUUCCACUUCCUCUUGCUGUGAGUACUCCCAAGGCUUCUUGCCACCUUGUGUUUCUGCCUAUAUAACCCUCCCUCCCCAGCUGCAGCCCUGUAAUCCUCAUGGAACAAAGUUUGGGACUCUCUCCACCUUAGAUUCAGUCAGACCCAAAAGGGGUCUGAACACAUUUCAUUUGGCACUAAAAACUCAGGGUUUUCUUGGUGUUUACAAAUUUCAUUAAUGUGUGAACAGAUGCUCUUAAAUAGUAGUUACGCAUGUUAGAACCUUAAAAGGGCAUCCAGAUAGUCACAGACAGUGACACUGAUUGCCAAGGACAAGGUGAAACCUCAGAGAGAACAGGGAGCUGAUAAUAAGGCCCAUAAGGAAUCAUGGUUAUUCAGCCUAAAAGAGAAGGCUGGAAGGGCUAAUCAGCUGUUCAGUUAUUUGUUCAUUCAUUCAUUCAACACCUCUUUAUCACAUGCCUUCUGGGCACUGGGCUCAGUACUGGAGAUAUGGUGGUCAUUAAGAAAGACAAGCUUCUGCCCUCAAGGAUGGUACCAUCAAUCAAGAGAGACACACUUCAGACAACUAAUAUAUUCACUGCACUUUAAUAGUACCAGCAACAAAGAAGAACAAGAUGCUCUGGCAGCAUAGAACUGGUUAACCUACCCCAGUCUUAGUGGUCAGGCAAAGGUUCCCCAUGCAAGUAACAUUUAGGCAAAGGACAAAGAAGGAGUAGGAAUUAGCCUUAGGGUAAGGGUAGGUGAGAGAUUUUUGGCAAAGGGAACAGCUCGUCCUGUAGCCCUGAAGCAGGUAGGAGCUUGGAUAGACAAUGAAGAGGCUAGGGGAUCAGGAUAACAAGAUGAGGCUGGAAAAGUGAUCAGAUUAUACACGUAGGUCCAAUUGGUAGGCUAUUGUAGGAGUCCAGGUAGGUGACAGUGAUCCUGGAAGAGUGAAGAUAGUGAAGAUGAAGAGGACUGGACAUAUCCAAGGAUAUAAAAUUGACAAGAUUUUAUGAUGGCCUUAAUAUAGGAAAUGAUAAAGUAGGAGGGGCUAAAGAUUCAUUCAAUAAAGAUUUAUUGAGCUCCGUUUAUAAUCACAGGGAUGAAAAAUUAGACAUAUCAUCCAGAAUAGGAUGAUUCUCAGGAUUCUGGCAUUAUCAACUGGUGAUUGACCAAGAUGUCAAAGAAUGAAAAAGAAGCAGAAUUGUGGGGAAGAUCAAUUUUGGAUAUUGUAUUUGAGGGGCCUUUUGAGAACUCCCAAUGGAGCUGUUGAGAAGGGAAUUGGAUGUACAGGUCAGGAACUUGGGAGAGAGGUCCCAUCUGGUGAUACAAAUGUGGGUGUCAUUGGAGUCUAGAUAGUCAUUGAAGCCACGGAGUGGUUAUUGUUACACAAAACUUGUGACCAGUUGUCUUACAUCUCUUCUAACAGAACUUAGAGAAACAAGAUUGAAAUGUAUAUAAGGAAUUUGUAUUUAAAACACCGGUAUAUUUAUCACAGAAAAUAAUUCAGCCUAAGGCUGACUGGUCUUAUAUGCUGUUCUAGGGAGUUAAAUGACUAAAUUACAAAGGUACUCUUACCAAUACAGUGGUUCCAGUGACAACACCAAGACAGGGUUUCAAGGAUGAAUUUACCCUGAAAGACUGGUAGAAUCUGCAAAUACUACCUGGAAAGCAUUCAAUGGAAAAGACACUUUCAAGUACAUACAUACAUACAUAUAUAAGUGCAUACUACAGCCUUUAUGUAUUGGCCUCGGAGUCCCUGGGUGGUAUAAACAGUUAACACGCUCAGGUGCCAAAUAAAAGGUUGGAGGUUUAAGUCCACCCAGAGGCACAUCGGAAGAAAGGCCUGCUGACUACUUCUGAAUCAGCCAUUGAAAAACAGUUCUACUGGAGCACAGUUCUACUCUGAUACACAUGGGGUUUCCAUGAGUUGUAAUCAACUCCAUGGCAACUAGCUUGUUUUGAGUUUGUGUGUGUGUGUUGGCUUCAAAGAAUUCUAAAGUGUUAAAGUAAUUCAGUAAGAAAUGAAACAUAUAGUGACGGUAAUUUCUUUUUUAAAAAAAUUCACCAAAACAUUGAGUAAGUAUUUUGAGUGUGACAGUGUUCUCUAAGGUCAGUGGCACACAUCAUCAUCACCUGCAUUGCUUGCUAGAUUUCCUCUAGCAUAAAGCGGGGGAGAGAAAAUUGUGCUGGCAUCUGAAUCCUGCUCCCAAAGGAGAGAAUUUCAAAAAAGAAUCAAUCAGCUAGUUACAUAAAAAUACCAACCUAAUUGUGUUAAUAGAUCUUCUGACAUUUUUUUCCUUUCUUCUACAUACUUUCCCAUACUACUUAGGAGGCAGCUUUGAUUCUCACUUUAUGCCUGCCAUGAGAUAUGUGAAAAAAUCUGAGGGGGCAGGAUUUUAUUUUCAACGGAAAGGCAAUGUUUAGCUCAGGAGACCCUUCCUCCCAAGUUCCUGAGCUUUCCUAACUUCACCCAAGAGGGGAUCCCAUUGCAGCCCCCAGCAGGACCCCCAGUGGGACUCUACAUUGUGCACUGGGCAUCACUAAGGGCACCAUUCUCAUAGAUGGGUUUUUCUGCGUACAACUCGCACAGCCAUUUGCAAAGACCCCCACCAAAAAACACCAGUUAACUUCCCCAUUUGGAGCUGCCUUUUAGGGCCAGUAGAUUUGUACCCAGUAAGUGGGUAUAUAAGACAAGGGGAAAGAGAGGCAAUGAGAUGAGGAGAAAAGUGAGCAUCGAUUAGUUCUUUUCAGAUGAAAUCUCAGUUAAUGAUUAACAGCUCAUCUCUGCUUUGAUUUAACCUUUUGUCUUCCUUGAAAAGGAAAAAAUGAAUUAUCUUCAGGCACGCUUCUUUUGUCAACAGUAGCUGCUAUUUUAAGACAGAAAAAAAGAGAAACUGGACUAACAGCAUUCUUUUUAUUUUUUUCUUUCAAAUGCAUUAGGUGUAGAUACAUUGUCUUAGAAAGAAAACUAAUACAAAAUAAAUUUAAAUAAGCUCCUGUAAAUAAGCCAAAGCACAUAUCUACAGUUAUUUCCUAUCAGAGAUCCAUUACAUUGUACAGCCUUUGUUUUAACUUAUUUUUUGAAGGUUUUCAUAUAAUUCUUGUUGUAGAUUAUAAAAUAAUUCAGCAAACUGGUGGAACUGGCUACAACAUUGAUAUUUGGUUUUGUUUUUUAAAUCUGAAAUGAUAAGUCAUCCCUUAGAAAAUCCAAAAUGACUUUAUCCAAAUUUUAACUAGUUUUAUUUUCACCAGUGUUAAAUGAUUCAGAGAAGGGAAGAAAGGCUCCUUUUGCUUGUCGUUUUAUUUAUUGGAUUUGUCUGCACAGCAGAGAAAAAUGUUGUGGUUGCUUCAGAGAUAGACAUAGAUAUACAAACCAUUUGGCUUCAGAGGUAGUUUAAAUAGGAAUGAAUUUAAUAUACCUUUGAUUCACCUUGAAGUAGGGGAACUUGAGCUGAGUUUCAGCCCAGAGUAAAGUCUGCUGUCAACACUGAAGAAAAUCUAUCACAUUAAUCCCAGGGGCUCAGAGUCCAGCGCUGCGUGAACAGAAUGCUCAAGGAUAGGAAGUGUGAAAAGAAUGCCUUGAAAGAAACUUUAAAAACAAAAUGACUAUUCAGCGAAUACCAGGCCUUAUAUGGAAUCAUCCAGCACUUAAGGAAAGAUGUAAAUAAUUAUGCUGGAGAAAAAAGAGCUAAUUAAAAACAACUCGGUGCGUACAAGGAGAAGAAAACUCUAGAAUAACUUUUCUGCUCCAAUGUUAAUGUGAGAUACCGCGUAAUGAAAUAGUAGGAUUUUUUUUUUUUAAUUUCAUUUCACAUUGGCAUAUAAGAGAUGAAGAGUAAAAUUAUAUUACAAGAAAAUGCUAGGGUAGAUUUGCUGAAGAUGUUAUAUACUGUAUUUAAAACAAAAAUCUUAUUGCUGUAAUUUAUCAUACCUCUGGUAAUUAAGCUGUGCUAAUUUAAAAAAUUUUUUGUUUGCCACUUUUGCACAGUGACUUUUCAUAGAAAAUACUAGGAAAAUUUCUGAUUUUGUCAGCCUUUGUAUGAUUUUUUUUUUUGAAGCUUCUGAGUAGAAUUAACAUACUCUAAACAUAGCUGUGUUUACAUCAGUAAUAAAAAUUUCUUGUGUUUUUCUUUUACUUUGUUAAUGAAAUAUCUGGAACUGGUUUAUAAUUACUGAGUCUAGUAUGUGACAGCACAGGCUGCUGAAUCAGCUUUAAUUCUCUGUACUUGUAUGUUGCAUUGCAGAGAGCAGGGUGGACCCUACUCUUCCACUUGGAUUGGAGAGGGGAUUGUUUUAAUAGAGAAAUUGCAAAGAAAAGACUCUACAUAUGACUUUGCCAGGAACUCGCUCCUUAGUCUUAAGAGAUCAUAAGACAGUCACCAAACAUUAAAUAGUACCCUCUCUGACUGGUAGGAGAAAGGUAGCAGAGUAAGGAAGUGAUCAUAACAGUGCAGAAGAACAAACUAC